AUGGAGAAUCGGGAGGAUGGGGAGAAUCGGGGAAAUCGGGAGUAUUGGGAGAAUCGGAGUAGAAGGAGCAGAAGGCGGUCCGGGAGAAGACGUGAAGUCUACCCAGAUUCCAACACUUUAUUCGGCAAUAAGUGUCUGAUCACUACUGCACUGGUCUUUGCGUUUAUCAUGCUUCACUACAACUGUAGGAACUGCUACGCGAAACGAGAGCUGAUGAAGAUUACGAGCAGUGUCGAGGAUAUAGCGAAACAUAUAAAAACUAUUCAAAGAGACUACCAGCAUAUAGAAAACAGACUUGCGUUAUAUUCCCAAGAAAUACCAAAGCUGGAGGAGCAGGUGUCAUCAUUGGAGUCAUUGGCUGAAGCAAUAAACAUCCACAGAUUCGGUUGGAACCCUUGGGUGCACGCUGCGUUACCAUACGUUGACGUGAACUUGAAUCCUUUCAACUGUACUCUCAUUCCAACUAAAAAUUCAACUAAAAUUAAUAAAUGCUAUCGGAAUCUCAAAAAUAAUAGUACGAAAGUAAUGUGCACUUUUUGA